AUGGGCGGCCCAGGCUGCGGCAAAGAGACACAGUGCAAGAACAUGGCGACCAAGUACGGCUUCUGCCACGUGGGGCUGGGCCAGCUGCUGUGGCAGGAGGCCCAACAAGGCACCCGGCGGGGCCAGAAGAUCCAUGACAUCAUGCUGCAGGGGCUCCUGGUGCCCACAGUGAGAGCCCCCUUCACGUGUGCCUGGGUGGGCCGGGCCCCCAACCUCGUCAUUGUGUUUGACGGCUCCGUGGAGGCAAUGGUCCAGAGAGAGCUUGAGCGCCGGGGCCAGGUGGAGUGCCGGGCCGAUGACUGCAAGUGGGCCAUCCGCCAGCGCCUGGAGGUGCGCUACACCCUGUGUCAGCCCACCCUGGCCUUCUACCAGCAGAAGAACCUGCUCCGAAGCCUAAGUACUCCCUGCUUACUGCUCACUCCCCUGGCCCCCCAGGGGAGCAAGUCCAGCUGA